GCUAAGGGUGACUUCCUGCUUUCUGUGUUUUGCGCCUCUCGGGGAGCCAGAGACGUGAGACCCCGAGAGGACUAGGCAUCAGGGUUUACGUCUCCCCUUCUGAGCCCGGCCUCUGGCCCUUGGGAUGGGUGUCGCCCCUCCAACGGCCUUCUCUCUCUGGAUCUACCUCAUCUUGCCUAUUUCUGGUGCUCUGAGGCCACCAUGGAUCCAACUGACCGGAGAGAGGGCUGGCUCCGUCACCAUCAGAUGUCCGGCCAAGCAAAGCCUUGGGAGAAAGUUCCUGUGUCGGGAAUCACACGAAACAGAAAUGUGCAACACGGUGGUGUCCACUACGCAGUACGUCGGGAAAGAUUACAAGAACCGAGUCAAACUUACUGAGGUGCCUCAAGAGGACAUCUUCCUGGUGGAGUUGGGAGAGCUGACCCAGAGUGAUACCGGGCUCUAUGCUUGUGGGACGGGCCUGGUCACUGACCGGGGGAAGACCCUGUGGGUCAGCCUGAGUGUGAUAAGAGGGCACAGUACAUUCAGAGAGAUGGUGCCAGUCCCUAAGCUCUUGAGAGGAAGCCAGCUGAGGACCAUCCUUCCACCUCCUUGGCUUAGGUGGUCAACAGAUCCCUCCACUAGCCAGCUAAGGACCAGCCCUCCACCCCCUCGGCCAGCAGACACUUCCCCAGCGGCUGCCAACAAACCAGUCACCACAAAACCCCAACGAACCACCAGUCAGAGGGCUCGGCAUGGACCUUCCACCCUCCCAGGCAUCAUCCCGUUUCCAACUCCCAGAACCCCCUCUGCCGCUGCCAAGCAACCCGCGCUCCCUCCCUCACCCCUGGCUUCCAGGACCCAGUCAAAGAAUGCUCUCUCUGGAUUCCGCACCGCCAGCUUUGCUCAGCACACAAACCUGCAUAGGUACAGGCAAGGGGACAAGGGAUUUCCCACUGUCCUGAUUCCCAUCGUCCUGGCUUUCCUCCUGUUGAUGAUUCUGGUGAUCAUGUUGAAGAAGAAACUCCGAAGAAAGAGAGCCCUGUCCAGCCGAAUCAGCCGUCUGGCCGUCAGAAUGAGUGAGCUGGACCCCUCGCGGCGGCCCAUGUUUCAGAGAGCCCGCUCCCAGAGGCCCCUGGCCCAGAAUAACAUCUACAGCGCCUGCCCCCGCAGACCUCAAGGAGGGGCCAAGUACGGUGAGAGGGAUCCAUCCUCCGCAGAGCUGGGAGCUCCAGCUGCUUCAGCACUGGACCAGGUACCGAAGACUCUGUGCCACCAGUCCCCCCAAAAGCCUCACUGGGAAUACCCGGAUGACUCAAGCGACUCUGAUUCAGACGACUACGUCAACAUUCCUGUUCUGGCCACACCUCUGCAUUGCUCUCCCAGACCAGACCUUCCUUCCAAGGAUUAUCACUGCUGGUGAGGACUGGAUCCAGUCCUCGCUACUUCCCUGGAUGACAUCCUGGCGUCUUAGGUGGGAUAAUUCUCCCCGGUGACUUUGGUUGUUGGAUCUCUGCCCUCUUGGGCUGCUAUGUAACACACGGAGGAGGAAAAAGCCACCAUUCCCCCAGUCCUUGUCUGCCAUUUGCCCUUCCUUCCUUUCUUAAAUCCCUUGAAUAUGUGUCAGAUGUGACCAUGGACAUUUCCUGUUGGACAAAGGACAUUGCUCAACUUGUCAGUGCCCCAGAGAGCUGCUUAUCCCAGGGAAGACCAUGCUAGGAGGGACGGAUUCACGGCAUCCAUCUUUGGAAUAGCACCCACACUGGGCUAGGCCAAGCGCAGGGAGAUACCCGUGGGAGAUAUUAACACAACCGAUAAUCUAAAUCUCUGAAUGUCCACCCUAGAUGGAUCUAAAUCCACCUCAGGGCUCUGAAGUAGCUGCGACUGCUUCUGGUGGGACCCAGGAAACCAGAGACUCCUUCUUGCUCUUAGGAGGGGCUACCCACUGAGAGUAGCUCUACUCCCUGCCUCUCUGACCUUCUCUGCCAACAAGUCAGAAGCAGUGUGGUCUAUUGGAAAGAGCAAGGGGCCAAAAGUCAAGAAACCUGGGUUCUAAUCCUAGCUCCUCCACCUGCCUGCUGGGGCCCUUAGGCCAGU